AUGGCAAAAUCAAACACAAAACCCAGAGUUUGCUCUUGGGAAUCUUCAGUAUCUUCUCUCCUAGCAAGUUGCAGCCUAAGUGGUGACAGUUCUUCCACAUCGGGAGGCUCUUUUCACUAUAAGGAUAAACUGUACAGUUCUGCUUCUCAGGCUCUACAGGCCUACAUUGAUGAUUAUGAUCUAAGCCAAACAGACCACGGUACAAGUACUGGGAAAAUUAACAUUGAUGAAGAGUCUGCUAAUAAGCCACAAUUUUCCAACUACAUGUAUAAACCAAAUAGUGCUCUUGAAAUUCUUGAUAACAAACAUCACUCAAACUCCUUAUCCUAUAGAAGAGAGACUAUUAAUGAUAUGGACUCCAUUAGCCUCACAACUGAUGAUUUGUUAAGACUUCCAUCUGAUGGAUCCCUUUCUUUCACUUGUGUUAGACUGGGUCACCAAACAAGUAAGAAAAACAAAAAAUUCAAUGGAAGACUGGGCUUAUCGGAUAUGAAAAAGAAUCCAAGUUAUUAAGUAUCCUCUACUCCCAUGGGCAAGGAUAACUUAGUUACUCCUGAUGUAUACAUAAAUGGAAAUGGAAAGCAAUGUGGUGAUAAAAUUGAAUUGCUUAUCCUGAAGGCCAAGAGAAAUAUCAAGCAAUGUACUGAAGAAUUGCCAAAGCCUAUGAAAAAGGAUGACAGCCCUUACUCAUUGGAUAAAGUAGAAGCAGAAAGAUCAUGGGAAAAUGUUCGAGUUACUUUCAAAUCUCCUGUCCCGGUUAAUUCUGAUGAUGCUGCUCAACAAAGUUCGAAGGCCAAGUAUGUUAAGGAGGUUCUUGAAGAUUUUUUAAAAAAUGAUAAUCAGGACUCUAUUCUAUCUGGUGGUAAACAUCAUGAUCCUGUUGAAGCCUUGAAACAAAUGUUAUUUAAUCUUCAAGCAGUACAAGAAAGUUUUAAUCACAGCAAAACUAUAGAACCAGAAGAGAUGAGGCAAGUUUCAGAAGAUGAUUUUUCUCAAUUACAGUUGAAGGAAAAUAUGGUUUCUAUUACUAGGUCUCUUCAAAAGGCCUUUCACCAUUUAUCCCACCUCCGAGAACUGGUUGAUGAUACUAAUGGGAAGCAGUCAUCGAAAAUGUGAAGAGGAAAAUAAAACUGUCACCACAAUAAAUAGUCACUACACAGUGAAUUUUUUUUUAUAUUAUC